AUGUGGGCAAUUUUUUUCUUCAUCAAUUUGUACGCACCCUCUUUGCAGGCGAUCCAAAUCCUCGAAUUCAUCGAACUGAACCGCUUGAUGGGCGUCGACCACUUCACCUUCUACGACCACACGACCGGGCCACAGGUGGCGUGCCUGUUGCGCGACUACGUCUCGAGGGGCGUGGCCACCGUGCUGCCCUGGCGGCUGGACAUGGCCUCACAGAAGGACAUUCGCACCGAGGGUCUGUUUGCCGCCCUCAACGACUGCUUGUACAGGUCCAUGUACAAGUACUCGCACGUGGCGCUAAUAGAUUUGGACGAGUACGUGGUGCCCAAGUACAACCACACGUUGCCGCAACUCAUCGAUUAUUUGAGCCGCAGGAUGAACACUCGCACCACCGGCUCCUUCUCCUUCCAGAACGCCUUCUUCUACCUGCAGUGGAGCGACGACGCUGCGGUGGCCGCCUUCGACGACCCGGUGGCCGCCAAUCUGGUGACGCUGCGGAAGACGCGCAGGCGCAGCAAGCUGCAUCCGCACAAGCAGCGCAGCAAGUACAUCUGCCGGCCGGAGGUCACCGUGGAGGCGGGCAACCAUUUCGUCUGGGAGUUUGUACCAGGUCAUGGAACACUGAACGUUCCGGCCGAUGCCGCCAUUUUGCACCACUACAGGAUCUGCGAGUUCGGCGGCGACGACUGCAUCAAGACCACCUCGACAGUGGAUAAAACUGCUUAUCGAUACAAAGACGUUUUAACGAGUGCUGUGAAACUACAAUACGAACAUUUGAAGAAAAAGUGCGAUCUGGCCGAUCUCUCUUUGCCGGGCGCCAAAGUUUUCGACAAGAUCGCGAAUCUGUUGAAGCUGGAUCUGGAAAGAUAA